AUGUCAUCAACUUCUGAUGGAACUUCUAAAGUUCAUAAUGACUCUACUAUUACAGAAACUAACGAAACAACAAAUACUGAACCAGAUUCAUCUAAUGCAGAUACACAAGCUCCAGAACAGAAACAUCAAAAACCUGAUGAUACAUGGGGUGUAAAUGCACCUUGUGCUAUUACUGCAGUUCUUUUUAAAGAGGCAGCACUUGAUAGUCCAACUUUUCGAGCCUCAAUGAACCAUUUAGACAAUCAAAUGAAUGAUGUUGAUAGAUGGCUUGAUUCCUUUACACGAAGUCUUUCUAAACUGUCUUUAGAAAUGGAUUCAUUGCAAGAGAAUGCAAACUCGUUAAUAUCAAAGUUUGUUCCAAAUUUUGUUACUCAAGGUAUUAUAGAUCAUGAUUAUACCAUGUUGGCGAUGCGGCGUUUUGCUGAAAUUUCAAGUUAUUUUUGGACAUCAAUUAUAAGAAAAGUAAAGUCACGGAAUUUGAAAAUAAUUGAGGAGCUUUCACAAUUUCAAAAGACCGAAUUAAAACGAUAUAAAGAUAUUCGAAAAUCUUUUGAAAUCGCACAGACAAAAUAUGAUUAUAUGCUUUCUAAGUAUAUGGGACUUUCUAAAAAUAAGGAACCAUCUGCUUUAAGAGAAGAUGCGUUUCAACUGGCUGAGGCUCGAACUUCUUAUUUUAAAAUCAGUUUUCAAUUGGCAGACAUACUUUCCAUGGUUCAAUCAAAAUUGGAUUCAUGUUUGGUUAGAUCUCUCGCUGAUCCUUGGAUUUUACCUCCUGCGGAAUUUAAUCAUUCGGAUCCUGUUUUUCAAAAGGUUUCUGUGGAAAUGACUCGACUAAAAUUUUGGGCAAAAGCAGUUCAAAAAGACCACAAACCUUUUUUGAAGCAGUUAUCUAGUUCUGGAAAAGAAAUUGAACUGCAAGCAAUUCAGAAGUUUCAGCCAUCAAGAGAUUUAACAGAGUACACACCAGCUAAGUCAACUUUAUCAAGAUUUGUUCCUGAUAGUACUGAAGGUAGAAAAAUUCAAGAUGAAAAGCAUGGAUGGGUUUUUGUAAAAUCUGUUUCAAAAACUCGAGUUACUUGGGUUAGACGUUGGAUCUUUGUCAAAAGCUCCAUGUUUGGAUGGCUCAAUAUUUCACCAUCAAAAACUUUUGUUCAAGAAAGUGAUAAAGUUGGUGUUUUAUUGUGCCAUUUCAUGCCUGUCACAUCAGAAGACCGUCGUUUUUGUUUUGAGAUUAAAACAAAGGAUCAUACUUUUGUUGUUCAAGCGGAAUCUCAAUUUGAAUUGAUUUCUUGGCUUCAAGUCUAUGAAGAUUCUAAAAGUGUUGCUGUAAACAGUGGACGGCAAUCCAAGAUUACAUUUGCUUUUCAAAGAAUACCUCCACCAUUGAGCGAUUUUGCGUCUACGACAAGUGCAUCAGUUGAUUUGGAACUUCAUGAUAAAGCAUUAGAAUCGCCCACUUCUCAGCCAAAUGAAUUCACUAGUAGAAGCCUGUUCAGCGAUGAUACAACCAAUAGCUUACGUGAAAUUAUGAAUCUUGGAGAAUCAUUGAACCGAAAUAACGAAAAUAAAGCCAAGGUGGAUUUUAUUACAACUGGACCAUUUGGUUCUAAUCUUGUUUCUUCUCCUAUUAUUAAUUCACCAAUGCCAACAUCUAAAUCUCUUGAAGCAAUUCUUGCCAACUCUCUUAUUGAUACUACAACGUUGCCAACAGCUAUUACAGCAAAUUAUUGGGGUAGCAUAAAUUGGAUCGUGUAUCAGGAUAAAAAAUCUAAUGCCUCAACUGAAAAUGCUCCUUUACAAAAAAGUGAGACAGAUAAUACAGAAGACAAGCUGUCCGAUCACCACUUACCACUUGAACAUAGAAAGUCCAAUGUUCAACUUUUUGUAUCAAGAUAUCCUGACUAUUAUCCUUUAGAACUUCGGGCUCAGGAUGCUCAGCUUCGUGCUAUAUUUCAAUCCAUCAUUGCUGACGAUGAUUACGAUAGAGUUGUUUUGGUGUUUAGAUGCCUUGCAAAACCGAAUCACAAUUAUGAAGUUACAAGCAGAGUGUUUGUUACUCCAACACAUAUGUGUCUUUAUUCCCAUAGUUCUGGAUUUACUAUAACAGCUAUAUGUAAACUCACAGACAUUAUUAGCGUUGAAAGCCGGCAAGCGUUAAAUGGUGACACUAUCUAUUUCAUUGGAAAGCGUGGGACGACUUCUUGUCAUGUAUUUUUAGAUUCAGGAAGAUUGUUGCAAAAGCGAUUAUUGUUUUUAAUUGAUAAUGCUAAUUCCAAAAAUCGUCUAGGUUUACAAGAUAUCAUUAAUAAACUGAACUUUAUUGGAACUGAAAAACAUGAAGAUCAACUUGACCAGUUAUUAUUGAUUGAUAAGACUUCUUCCACCACUAUGGAAGAGAUUCAAUAUGCACAGGAGGCUGGGCAACGAUAUGAAACUCAUCUACGACAAUACUACGACCGUGAAGAUACAAAACCCCCUCUUAAAUCAAACUCAAGUUCAUUAGAACCACAAUCUUCAGAUGCAUCUCUGCGACGGCCUUCAAAAAACACUAAUUAUCUUGUUAUGAGUGAUUCUGAGUAUAAAGAUAAUAUAUACUCAGAAUUGACCCAAUCUAUGUCUCAAUUAUCUGGUGAAUCAGAUUUUGAUAUUCCUGCAAAAGCACUUUUUCACGUAAUGUUUGGCGAAAACUCUGAUGUAUUUUUGUAUAAUUACUCAGGUUUAAUUAAUCGUGAUAAUUUUGAAGUCACUCCAUGGAAAUUGGUAGGAAGUUCUAGAAUGGAACGUGAAAUAUAUCAUCAUAUCGCAUCAACUAAUUCCUUCUCAGGCGAAAUUCAGGAUCGGGUCAUGAACAUUCAAAGAGUGGAAAGAAUGAACGACAGAUGUUAUAUUGUUUAUGAAAGACGAGCUAUUUGGACUUUACCGCAAGCUUCGUUUUAUACCACAAAACGAUAUGUCAUUUUAAAGACAUCGAAAAAUUCCUGCAAGUUAUCCAUCUGGAGUAGCGUGGAGUGGCUUCGGUCCUCUAUCAUUAAAAAUAUGACAGAACCGUAUUUGUUAUCAAAAUUAAAAGCUGAAGCCAAAAUUAUAAUACAUAGAGCAUUGAAAGCUCGGCAGCAGUUAGGCUCAAGAGGAAGUACAGUAACUGCCAUCAGGAUGUUUGGAAAACUAGGUGCUUCUUUUGACGACAAAAGUUUUGACCCGAAACCCUUUGUUCGGAGCACCACAGUUAUCACUGAAAACUCAACAAAUAAUCAAAUUGUUCUUUCUCAAAAGUCGGCAAUUGUUUCACUUUUAGAAAUUGGAGCGUCAUUGAUAAUUUCUAUUUUGGGUGAUGCGCUUCUUGUUUCUCAGAGAGCGUUUAAAGCUCUAUGGCAAGGAAUUUUGCAAGUCAACAAGAGAAUACUGGGACACGACCUAAUUCGGAAUGGGACAUCCUUUUCCAGUUUGCCUCAUCACAGCGGUGAAUGGCAGGGAACUUUCAUUUCCAAAGACUAUCCUAAAAUAUGGACAAGUGAUGAUGAAAAUGAUCCGAUGCGAACUUCUCUUUGCUACAAUAGGUUUCGUACUUUGGCCUUGGAAACACCUAAUUUUGAUGAGAAUUUUGUUGAAAAAAAUCCUCAUCUUUUAGAUGAAUUUCCAAAUGCGCUUGGCUCCUCUUCAGAACUUGUGGCUACUGUUAGAAAUAGGAUACACGGAUUUCGCUCUAAACUUGGUAUUGCUAGGAACCAGCUUAUAAUUGAGCUUCGGACUCUGAAUAGGAUAGAAAAGGAGUUAGUAAUGGCUGAGUGGCAAACAUGGCUAUUUGAUGAAGUCAGUAUGUGUUCUAGAUUUUGGGAGCUCUUAGCUGUGUCAAAAAAAGGAUACCUUGAAAAUGAAGAAAAUGAGGUUAGUGGCGAUAUUAAGAAAAAAAAUCAUAAACAUUUCUCUUCCUUGGAUGAGAAACCCGUUAAUGUUCGUAAAGCACUUGCUCAUUAUUGUGCUAGCUGCACAGCCGAAAAUCGGGCACUAAAAAAUUUAAAUGUAUUUGAAUCUGGUGUAUAA